AUGAUUGCUUUCCAGCAAAAAAUUUUAAACUUGAUCAAGUGUUUCAGAAGACAAUGGCCUUUAUUUUCAAACUCUGAAAGGACUACUGUAUGUGGAGCAGACUGCAUGCUGAUGGCGUUGCAACUGUCAAUGGCUGAAGUCAAUAAACAGCACCAUGGAGAUUUCACAGUAUCUCUUAGUGAUGUGUUGGAAACUUGGAAAUAUUUGUUACAUGACAAACUGGGUUUAUCAUACAAAAACAUGAAAGAACCUGAAAAUUAUGCUGACCUAAAAAAAACCUAUCAUGCCUUCUUAGCAAGAAGCAAUAUGUUAGAUCUAAUAGACAUAUGUCAGAAGUGCUAUGGUCUUGGACUUAUAUCUGAAGAUGAAAGCAUAGCCCCUGUUCAACUGUUGGAAUUUAUUUCUGGCAUAAUGAAUGUACAAGAAAAUAAUGGUUCUGUUCUUUCUACUCCUUCUACACCACUCAACAGACAGGGCCAGGAGAAUGUGAAGGUGACAAUCCUGGCAAAGAAGUGUGUUUGUUCAUAUUUAAGCCUGUUGGUGAAUUCCAAGGAUGAUCUGGCAUUGGCUCAUAUUCUAAAUGUUCCUGACAGAGGACUUGGUAGAGAAGCCUUCACUAAUCUAAAACAUGCCUCACAGAAGAGAAAAAUGUCCAUUUUCCUGAUGGCAACAUCUUUUAUCCGAACUGUAGAACUUGGAGGAAGAGGCUGUGCGUCUUCAUUAUUUGAUCCUUUAAAAGCCCAUGUAAAGGGGCUUUCAAACUUUGUUAAUUUUAUUGACAAGCUGCAAGAAAUUGUUGGUGAAAUCUUAAAUCCAAGAAUUGCAGGGGGGCGAAUUCUGUCAACAGUGAAGAUGCAUUUGAUAAAAGGCCGAAGCAAUGGGGAUCCUUUCUGUCAGGCAGUAGAGGAAGUUGUACAAGAUUUGGAUUUGAAGAUUAAAAAUAUUAUCGAUUCACAACAUGAAGUCUUGACUGCCAGUACUACUGGAGUCAGUCCAGCACGGCCAAAAUUGCAUUCCAUAAAUCAUGGCACUGUGUAUUGUGGCAGAGAUACUGUAAAGAUCUUACUAGUUCUUCUGGAUGAAGAAGCUGUCAGUCCUCCUACCCAGAACAAAGCAGAACUAUUAUAUGACGAUGAAAGCCUAAAUUUGUUUGGAAUCACCUCUGUUUUGACACUCUUCAGAUCUCCAGCACAAUCCAAUGGAUCUUCUCCAAAACCUCUUAGACAACGUAUUCGGAAAUGUAUGGAUGAAAAAGAAAUUAAGAUAAAGCAAUCUUCAAUCAAAUCUCAGUUUGCAUGUACGUAUAAAAAUGAGCUGAGUGAAAUAAAGGGUCAGCACUUCCUCAGCAGUAGCCAAGUUCCAAACUGCAUGCAUCCUGCACCAAAGCAACAUUUAAAAGCUGGAUAUCUCACAGAAGGUAUGAAUUCAUGUCUUGAUGAUGUACUAGUGCUUGGAACUAUUUCUGAAAAUGUUCACCAGACUAGAAGUUAUACAGAAAUGGGAAAGCUGAGUUGUCAGCCAAGAAACAAGAACUCCAAGAAUGAACAGAUGGAUUUGAAUAAUGACAAAGUAAUCUGUGAUAAGGAAAGUGAACCAUCUUUGCAAAAAAAUGCUAAAAGACCUAAGACUUCAAACAACCCUCAAAAGGAAUUGGACAGCGAAAUUGGUGGAAAAAGAAAACACAGCAAAACUGCAAGCAAGAACAAGUUGAUUGCUGGUCAGGCAAAAUUAACUCACUUUUUUAGACUGUAAGUUUUUGUUUUGACAUACACAGUAUGUUGACUGGUUCAGAAGUUGUAAAAUUUUAUGAGAAAAGGGUGAAAUUCAUUAAUUGCUUCCUUUCAUACUCAAAUAAGUGGAAGUAGCUUUUGUGUAAUAUUAGACAAAUACUUAUAAGUCUGGAUUAUGCAGAAGUCUUUUAUU